AUGGCGCCCCACGAGUGCACUCCUUCCUGCAUUGUGGGCGGAGGCGGUCAUCUUACGGGCUCGCAAGACUGCAAAGCCAAAUUCGGACGGCUGCAACAACCGGGCAACCCGACCGGUCAACGAAACCAACCUCGGACUGCAGUGCCCUCAGGUCCUGUCACUACUUCAAAAGCUCCCACGCCUAGCAACAAGAUGACGAAAGGCACACCCGGACCAGCGCCACCGGCGGGCACCUUGCCUGGACGUGCCCCCAAGUCUCCUCGGUCAACUAACCCGAAAGCGUCAUGGGAUCUAGAGGCCCCCGCAUUCCAAGACGGUGAUUUCCCGGCUCUCCAGGGACCUCCCUCUGGCACACCAAAGAAUGCGUCUCAGCCCAAGGUAGGCAGCCAAGACGGGCCUCCUCUGCCUCCCCGCACUCCCCUACCUUCUUCCCCACCAAAUCUUCCUCCUCAUCCAUCCCUUAAUUCUGACGUCGCGGACCUCCGCCACGAGCUCGAGACUCUCCGGGUACAAAAUGCUCAACUUAACGCCAAAAUUCACGCGCUAGAAACGGCUCGGUCCUCCCCGCCCCCAGCCCAAGUAGCUCCGGAACCGAUGCAAGUGGUGCCGGUGGACCCGACACCCUCUAGCUCUGACUUGCAUUUCACCGCCCUCGUAAACGCGCUUGCCGAGUUGACGACUCAGAUAUCAAAUUUUGGCCAAAUCCAAGACAGCCUUCUCAAGGCAGUCACAGCCACGGUUACGGUCGCCGUGACGGCCAACAUUAAGGCAUGGCUAGAGCCAAAACCCCGGCUUCUACGCCGAACGGGACGCCUCAAGGACGCGAACCGCCCAUCGAAAUUCACCCGACCCAUCGAUAUAACCGAACUCUCGGAGGAGCCGGAAUCACUCCCGCUGCAGGUGACGGAACCUGGGCCGGCUCUCCAAGGCAAUCUCCCUUCAAAUGAAAAUCAACAUGGCUGCGUCCCUUCCCAACCAACCCCCUAG